UCCGAUUUCUUUGCCUUUUCAGUAAAAGAAGAACCGGAGCCUGAAGUUCGCAUGGUCAACGGAAAGCCAAAAAAGAUCCGCAAGCCCCGAACCAUCUACUCCAGCUACCAGCUCGCAGCGCUUCAGAGGCGCUUCCAGAAGGCGCAGUAUCUGGCCCUGCCCGAGAGAGCGGAGCUGGCGGCCCAGCUCGGCCUCACUCAGACACAGGUUAAGAUCUGGUUCCAAAACCGCAGAUCCAAAUUCAAGAAGCUGUACAAGAACGGCGAGGUUCCCUUGGAGCACAGCCCCAACGCCAGCGACUCCAUGGCCUGCAACUCUCCGCCCUCUCCCGUCUGGGACAGCGGCACUCCGCAAGGAACACCCGUCCCCAGGCCUCAAGUCCCGCAACCGACCCACAGCUCGUCGCCACCCUACCUGGAGGAUUACAACCACUGGUACCCGCAGGGACCGCACCUACAACACCCGGGUACCGUGCACCACCCGGUGCCGCAGCAAAGUGUCGGGGCGGUUUACUAAAGACAAAAGACUCGGAGCCAUUCGGAUUGCCGAGCGCCUGUAUUUCUCAUUGACUCUGCAGAGCAAAACAACAUGUACUGGAUCGGGAAGUCGUUUCGAAGACGCUGAAAUAACAAGCAAAACGUUUCUUUGGG